UCGGCCCGGCGCCAUUCGCGCGGACCAAGUGGAGCGAAGUGAGACGUCGCUUUUUCUAUCUCGCGCGCGCGUUCGAUUUACGCAGCACGGCCGUGCUCCGUCGUACUCGAGGUGGUGUCGGGAUGUGCCGCGCGUCGACGAGACACACGGACCCGCAGCUGUCACCCGCCGCCAGCCAGACAGCGUGGCCGUAGAUCCAACCUAACCUAACCUUAACCUCUUGCUGCGGACGCGACUCCCCGCCGCUUCCCGAGGCACGAUAUACUUUAUGAGUGUCCUUCGGUCAACCGGUUGAGAGAUGGAGGACGAGCAGUACUUUCAGCCGAUCUUGAGCUCUCAGGAAGAGGACAAUUUUCAGCAGUUGAACACCGUGUCGAUCGCGUCGAUUCCGCUUCUGCUCGGAGUCUCCUUGGGGAUCUGCGGGAUCGUGUUUGUGUCCAUCUGGUCGGAGGAACAGAGCAAAUGCGACACGUACUUUAUAUACCUGUACCUACACUGCGCCUACUGGCUGAUAGUCAUGACGGCGGACCACGUUGUCAAGGCGAGACACCACGGCUUGCGCAUGAACGGGUACCUAGAUUUCUAUCAGUCGACGUAUCAGCUUAUAAGGACGCCCCUCUUCAUCGCGUCGCUGUGGAACACAUGUUACUUGUUGCUAGCCGUGAUUCUGCAUCACACGCAUAAGGUCGACUACGAGCGGUACUGCAGGAAGUCGGAGUGGUUCACGCCGCUCAACUACAUUUUUCUCCUAACUACCUUGGAGCUCGCGAUAAUCGUGCCAGCUUACAUUAAUUACAUCAAGAGAGUUAUGAGAUUCAAUCAGUUACGUCCGCCGCCCGAUGUCACUCGCGACGAAUGGCUGUCGCCCUUCACGCAAGAUUCCUAUUCCGGAAUGGGGGAAAUCGGGUAUCGCCAGAGGGGGAGGAAUUUGGAGGAACUGCUGCAAAAGCAGGCGGACUUGAUAAGAUAUCUGAGAGAUCACAAUGUAAAGCUAAGCCACAGAAUAUUGCUGUUGGCGUCUGAGCGUGUGGCGACGGAGACAUGAAAUAAAACUGUGACUACACAUCUCCCUUGCAAAACGACGAAAGGCACUCGUUCUUUGUAAUCGUGACGUGUUAACGGAGAUUAGGACUUUAAUUUUUCUAAUGUGAUAUGUGCUGUGUCUUUUUGCUGAAAUUAAAUUCGAUACAUAGAUGUACAAUAAGUAUAUCAUACGUAUAGAAAAAUCGUACUAUUACUGCUUAAGUUCGUUAAAACUAUUUUGUGUUGUAUAUUUCACAAGUGUAUAAAUAGUCGGUAAGUUCUUUUCGUUUCGUGUCAUCUUUGAGGCGCGGUCUGUUGCGCAAGGUGCGUAUUACUUUUGUAUCUUCACGUGUACACUUGUCAUUUAUACCCACAGACGUAAACUUGUAAAUAGAUUUGAAUUAAAAGAACAGCACUGUAUAAUAUUUACCGUAUGUAUGUACAAUGCAUUAUGCCAAAUAAUAUUCUUGAUCGACGAUCAAGAAUAGUUCUUAAAACAUGGUAAUAUUUGUUAAAGAUACAACAUCGACGACAAAAUCCUGCAUGCUUGGGGAAGAAGGUUACACGGUGUUACUGUGACAGAAGUGCAGUACUAUACGUUCAUUGUCAACUCAAUAAAAUAUAUGUAUAUUUUU